AUGAUUGGUAGAAGUUCCAGAGAUGCAAGCCACCAAAACAAAAAGUUUAGAAAACUGCCAAUUACAGGAACUGCUUCAAAUUCCUCACAUUUGAAUAUUUUAAAAACACCAAAGAUAAACUUAAUAGCCACUUCAUCUAAAGAUUUGCUGCUAACACCCAUUAUACUGACUAAAUCGCACUUUAUCGAUGCCUACUCAAAAGGAAAGUGGAAUUUGUCCAAAGUUCCGUGUCCUCCGUGUAUGCCAAAUAGCGGUUACAUGAAACCUCCCGAGAGUUACAAUGAACCGUCAAGGUUAAAUGCUGUAUCACAGUUUAUUGAAUUACCGCAUUGGCAUGAAUUGGCAAUUUUCAAACGGUCUCUUUCAAAGUUGCGGAAAACCUUCCAAGUACCAGGAGUGGCAUUGUCGAUGAUUGACAACUACAAGUGUCACUUUAAAAUUGAAAUCAUGUUAAAUACUAGCUACGUGCCAAGAUGUAUUGCAAUUGACUCGCAUGCCAUACUCUCACAGGGGUAUUUUUUGUUAUUGGAUGCCACAAAGGAUUGGAGGACUCGAGCUAACCCAUUGGUUACUAGUUCUCCGUAUAUCCGUUUUUGGUGUGGAGUUCCCUUAGUUACAUCCACGCAAGAGGUGGUGGGUAUUUUAUCAAUAUUUGACAGAUUUUCAAAGGACAACUUUAAUGAGGAAAAUUGUUCAGUGUUAGCAUCUGCAAGUAAAGAAAUUAUGAGUUUGUUAGAAACCCCUUUGUCAGAAAUAAUGUUCAAGUUUAGUGGAUACUCUGCAAGAACCAACAAUACAGAUUUUGUGUAUGUGAAUGAGGACUUAAAAGACUUGCAAAAGCAAAUUGGUAGAGCAACUAGCAGUAAAUCUUCUUUGGUUUUCGAGAAAGACGGAUCCGGUGGACGUUACUCACAGAACAAUAAUUACCGCUUUAUAAAGUAUGGUCCCAGUAGCAUUAAACUGGGUACUGCUUCAAACGAACUUGAAAACGAGGGGCAUUCGAAUGCACUUAUCAAAGAAAGAGACUUGUGGCAGUUUUUAUUCUCGGUGGGAUCUUUGAAGAAAGCAGGAUCAGUGUUGUGUAGGAUUUUGGCAACGAAUUAUCAGUUUGAAUUGGUUUAUAUUCUUGAAAUAAGAAUCGCCGAGCCAUACCUGAUAGCAAAAGAAUUGUUUCCAAGUUAUGCAGAUAAUGUGGAGGCAGAAUCGUUCCAACACUUUAAUAAAUUGACCAAACGCAAAAACGUACAUGAUGAAUUUAUGACACGGGUUAUUGGCUUUUAUGGUACUAACUUUACGACUCAGCAUUUUGAAAGUUCUAUUCACUACAAGGCAUUCAUGUCAGAAUUUGGGAUAGAAUACAAGAAUUUGAGAGGAAAUUCUUUCUAUAAUCGAGGAAUAUUAUUGCCAUUUUUCAGGAACAAUUCUGUACUUGUUAAGAAAAAAAGCACAGGGGUGGACAAGAGGUAUUCAGAUGUUUACUUGAGAAGUGGAGGGUUUCUUGUUGCAUUAUUUUCUGUUAAUUUGUAUAAGGAUAUCGAUACUGACUUGGUAUCGAAUAUUUUUAAUCAUGCUAGUACAUAUAGAAAAAUAUAUAUUUGUACAUGA